UGCGGAGGUCUGGGGAGGAUCGGUGGGAGGAGUCGCUGUGUACCGGGGACAGUGAUCCGGGAGAUGUUGCUCGGUAGUGUGGGGGGGAUGGCCGGGUGUCGGAUGUACUGUGGGGGUUCCGCCAUCAUUGUGUGAUCGGAUGGACAUGUCCUGCUAGCGGCGCCCAGCCCGGGAUCUGCACACAGCGGGGGGAUCCCCCAUCACAUCGCUCCGGUAUGGGGAACACCACGUCCUGCUGUGUCUCCUCCAGCCCCAAACUGCGGAGAAAUGCCCACUCCAGACUGGAGUCUUACCGGCCGGAGCAGGACCUCAGCAGAGAGGACACCGGCUGUAAUCUGCAACACAUCAGUGAUCGGGAGAACAUCGACGAUAUGAAUAUGGAAUUUAACCCCUCUGAUCAUCCUCGGGCAAGCACAAUCUUCCUCAGCAAAUCCCAAACAGAUGUGAGAGAAAAGCGAAAAAGCCUUUAUAUAAAUCACCAUCCUCCUGGACAGCUGAGAAGAAAGUACAGCUCUUGUUCUACUAUUUACCUUGAUGACAGCACAGUCAGCCAACCGAACCUCAAGUAUACCAUUAAAUGCGUAGCCCUUGCUGUAUACUACCACAUAAAAAACAGAGAUGGAGAUGGUCGAGAUGGUCGGCUGCUGUUAGAUAUAUUUGAUGAAAAACUUCAUCCUCUCUCUAAAUCUGAAAUCCCAACUGAUUAUGAGAAGCAUGACCCAGAACAGAAACAUAUAUAUCGCUUUGUUCGGACGCUUUUCAGUGCUGCCCAGCUGACCGCUGAAUGUGCCAUAGUAACCCUGGUUUAUCUUGAAAGACUGUUAACCUACGCAGAAAUAGAUAUCUGUCCAGCCAACUGGAAACGGAUUGUUUUGGGUGCAAUCCUUCUAGCCUCUAAGGUUUGGGAUGACCAGGCAGUGUGGAAUGUGGACUACUGUCAGAUCCUGAAAGACAUCACAGUGGAGGACAUGAAUGAGCUGGAGCGUCAAUUCCUGGAGCUGCUGCAAUUCAACAUCAAUGUUCCGUCCAGUGUUUAUGCCAAGUAUUAUUUUGAUCUGCGGUCACUGGCCGAGGGUAACAACCUUAGCUUUCCACUCGAGCCCCUGAGCCGGGAUCGUGCAUGUAAACUUGAGGCAAUUUCACGCCUGUGUGAGGACAAGUACAAGGACUUCCGAAAAAUGGCCAAGAGACGUUCUGCAAGUGCUGAUAACCUGACUAUUGUACGAUGGUGUCCUGCCAUCGUAUCCUAACAUUGGCUCCACCUUGCAGACUACUCUGUCUCACAUACUGAUUUGUGGAUACCUUGUUGUCUUUGUCUCGGGAAAUUGGACAUCUUUUUCUAUUCUGAAUCGUUGGCAAGCCUCCCCUACAGUGCCUCCCUAUCACAAAGAUGGGAUACAUCUGUCACUUUCUGCAAACAAUAUAAAGCCAUGUCAUUUGUUUCACACUCCUCUCAAUGAUUUGGACGGAGCAUCGCACUCUCUUUCCUGCUCUGAUGACAACCUUGUGAGUAAGAAAAGACAGAAACUGAAAAGGAAGUUAACGAAUAUCAAAUGCUGGACACAAACUUGGACACAUGAAAGUUAGUUGUGUGAUAUAUGUGUACACAGGGUGGUUGUAACUAAGAUGAUGGUAUUCUGGGGAAUAGAGAUAAGCAUCUAAUAGGAGGAUCGCCGCUAUAUUGGUGGAGCUAAUGCCCACCAUAUGGAAACAAAUGUGCAAUUAGGAAAUAUUACACAACUUCACACACAAAAAAUAACAUAAAAAAAUCAAUGGAUAAAAAUCUUUUAGCAAAGAAACACUACAUAGCCAAAAGUCAAGGCAUUUUGUCAU